UUUUUUUAUUUAUUUUUAUUUAGUAGACACAAGUGGUUGUUGUUUGUUGACGAGGGUGGUCUUUUUCGCCUUUAGCGCCAUAUGGUCCCGACCAACUGACGCCCUUAUGCCUUAACAAUUCCUCUCUCAAGACUACUUUCCCUUUUUAUGGCUGUGAUUCUUUUUGCUAAUUUCUAACGCCAAUAUGUCUAGUUUAUUUUUAACUAUCCUCCUGACGGUUUUGGGGCCCAUUUUUGCCACUUCUACCGGUGACUUGGACGCAGUAGUUGUGGUAUUCCGACAUGGUGAUAGGACCCCCAUAAAACCCUACCCGACUGAUCCUUAUGGUAAUAGAUCUUACUGGUCAGCUGAUUGGGGUAUGCUGACAAAUCUGGGCAAACUCCGGCACUACCACCUGGGCCAGUGGUUUCGGCAACGCUACUCCGACUUCCUCCCUCGCAUCUACUCCGAGAAGGACAUCUACGUCCGCUCUACAGACGUAGACCGCACCCUGAUGUCCGCAGAGUCGAACUUGGCCGGACUCUUCCCACCCGUGGACACAGACGUCUGGUUGGGUGGAUUCCCGUGGCAACCGAUCCCGAUCCACUCUAUCCCGGAAACCAUGGACGCCGUCCUGGCCGCCAAGAAACCUUGUCAAAGGUACGACAAUUUGAUGAGGAAACUGUUUGAAACACCUUAUUUUAGGAAUAUCAGCCACAUAAAUCAUGAUUUGUAUGCGUAUUUAUCGCGGUAUUCUGGCAGUACCGUCACUAACUUAAAGCAACUGGAGUACCUCUAUAACACCCUCAAAAUUGAGGUGAUGAAUAACUUUACCAUACCGGAGUGGGCACGGAAAGUUUUUCCCGAUAAAAUGAAACCGUGGGCAGAGUUGAGUUUUGCCACAAUGACUUUCACUGAUGAGUUAAAGAAGUUGAAGACCGGGCCGUUUUUCAACGAUCUCUUGAAGUACUUUAACAAUCGCACCCUGACCAAUAAAACUUCCCAGUACUAUUCGCCGAAAUUCUUAAUGUUUUCCGCCCACGAUACCACCAUUGCCAACCUAUUGAACACCAUGGGGGCCUUUGAGUACCAUUGCCCCCCCUAUACGGCCACCAUCAUUUUUGAAUUACGUAAAACACCCUCCGGAGGAAACUUCGUGAAUGUUUUUUAUAAAAAUUCCAGCGAACCGGCCCCGGUGCGAGUGAAAGGGUGCGAGUUCGAUUGCGAGUGGGAGAAUUUCAAAAGGAUUUUAGGGUUCUACGCCCUACCGUUGGAUAAAUGGGAUUUGGAGUGCAGUAACUAUUUGAUACUGGCGGUUGAUUCGCUGAAUUUUUUUAUUUUAUUGGGGGCGGUUUCGGGGGCCGUUAUGGCGGUAACGGGGGUGGUUUUGUUGACGAAGAGGCGCUCGAGGAGGUCGGAGAUGUACUCGCAGUUGCCUGACGAGGAAUACGCGUGAGGUAGUCGCUUUAUUGGAUGACUCGAACGUAUGUUGACCUAAAAAUGCAGAAAAUUAUUCAUUUUUGACUGUAAAUGUUUAGGGUGUGUCUGAUAUAUUGCAGUGUCUUAGUCCUACCUGUAUAUGAUAUAUGCAAAAGCUUGAGUUUUUGACAAAAAAAGUCCUUAUAACUCAAAAACUAAGAAGGUUAGUCAAAGUCAAAAUAUGCUUUAUUAUUGGAAGAACCAAAAAUUCUUAUCAACAAAGCCGCCCUAAUAAUAAAGUAACUAAAAUUACGUUACACAUUAUUUAAAAAUUCUAAAUUUCAAGAACUAUUAACGUACCGUAAAAUGGGGUUACUUGGGACAAAUUCACAUUCAUUUUUUCAAUAAUGUGGUAAUUUAUCAGAGUUUGUAGGGAGGAAAAGCGAUCAUCCCUUCGUAAAAAAUUUCUUUCAUAUGAACUUAAACUAUAUAGCACCAUAAAUGACUCCUAAUGUAAGAAUAUUUGUCAAAAAAUAUAUUUAUAUUUACUGUCCCGAGUAACCCCGCAUUGGGGUUAAAUGGGACUCUACCCGUUUUACGCCGAAAACGCAUGUUAAACUACUCAGUGGUUACUUGGGACAGCAGAAAUAUGAACAUAAUAGACCAGCACACAUCUUGUGUUGAUUUUUUUUGCUUAUAUAAUUAUUUAGAGGAAAGAAAACCCUGAGUUGAUGCGAAUUUCAUAAAUUCAUUUAUUUAUUUAUUGCAAAAACCCAUUGCAACAUAGCUCUACGAUUUGCUUCGUAAUUAGCAAAAAGGAACUAAAAAAAUAAAUUCAAAAUCACAGCCUUUCGAUUUGUAUCGCAAGGAACAAUGGAGACUAAAAAAAUUUUCUCUAAACACAAAAAAAUAUCACAAGAACAAAAAAAACUUUCUGUAAACCGAUAAAAAUGGAUCAUUAUUUGAGUUCUCCUUAUUGUAACCAAUCUGUAUUUUCUAAUUCAUUAAAUGUAUGGCGGCCUCUAGUAAUGCUCACGUUCGUUGCUUUGAGCAAUCUUACAAUUUUAUCCUCUGGGACAUCAAACUCGUCGGAUAAAUGUGGGAACACAAAAUGUUUGUUAUUUUUUGAGAGAUUUUCUCAUAAAACUGCAAAAAUAUGAUUUAUGUCCGUCUUUAGUGUGGAUUGAUUUGACAAGUCCAAUAUAAUAUUUGUCGAGUUUCUUUUUUGUUGAAGCUGAAAAGGUAAAUUUGGCAAUAACAAAAUCGUUGAUUGAAAUUCCUUUCUAAUUUCCUUAUCAAAGAUUUGUUUUUGUCCCUUUUUUUGGUUGGUUAUUAUUUCUUUCCUGGUUAAUCUUAUCUCGUAGUUUAACUAAUGUCAUGUUUUCCUCUAUAUCACUUUGGUCAAAAUCUUCUUGGUUUUCGUUUAUAUCCACAUUGCCAAAAUCUUCCCAAUUUUCCUCCGUGCAAUGAAAACUGUUCGUCGUUCCCACUGCUCUCAUCCCCGCUAGAACUGCUAUUGCUAGAGCAAGCUACACUUAGUCCCGAUUGAACUUUUAAUUUCUUUUUCCGUUUCUUUUCUGGGUUUUGGUUUAUCCUUCUUUGCCAUAGCAUAUCAGCAAAAGUUUCUGACCAUAAAGUGCUUGUACUACCAUCAGCACUUGGUCCUUUUCGACGGAUACAUUUCAAUACCUGCUCCUCAUCAAGAGGGAAAAUGCCUGUUGCCCUAAAUCCACUUAUUGAAUGUUCCUCGAUAGUAAUGUUAAGCUUCUCUAGUGUCUUUGCUAAUAGACUGGGAAACGUAUCUUUUAGAAUACACCCUCUAUGAGACAUUUUCCAUUUAUUAAUCACUUGCCUCCAAUAAGUCUUUAAUGGUCGAAACACAGCAACAUCUAGGGGUUGACAAAUAUAUGUACUGUUUAGUGGGAGUAACACAAAACGAAUAUUAACCCAUUCAGGACGGUUGACGUACGGGUACGUUUUUCAAAGCGGACAUUGAUGGCCUGAUGCCGUACAUGUACUACCUUGUAUGCAAUAGCUUGGAACGACUGCCGUACACAUUUUAGGGUUUUUACUUUUUUUUCUGGACUGGUGCCGUACAUGUACUGCUGCAUUAUACAUCACACUUGGCCGAAUGCCGUAGAUGUACGUCAGUUAUAUCCUAUUUGAAAGACUGCGGCCGUACCGGCAGUUAGAAAACUAAUUAGUAGCAGGACGACUGACGUAUAGGUACGGCAUUUUUUAAUUUUUAGGGGCAAGUAAAAGGUUUGUAAUUCACAUUUUUUUAAUUCUGGAACUCGUAAGUAUCAAAAAACAAAAGUUAAUUUCUUAUAUAGAAAAUACAAAGAUCAAACUAAAAACAUAAACGAACGAAAAUACAAAUAACAAAUAUAGUUUUCUAAAACUCUUUAAGAGUGUGAUACUGUUCAAAACAAGGGUGCACACAAAGUGCAAUAUUGCAUUCUUUACACAUAAAGCGGGUAUCUGAGCGUUUUUUCUUUCGAAGCUGUGUGGUGGCAUCUUCUUUGUGUUCUCGAUCCUUGAGCUGCAGUUGGUGGAACGGAGCUUGGAAAAUGCCUUUCAAUUAGUCGAGCUGGAUUAUCAACACUUACCAGGUGCGCCUCGUUUCUUUGUAAAAAUGGGAUAUUUUUCGAAUAUUUGAGCCACAACUUGCAAUCGAAAGUCUGCAAACGAUGGUUUAUUUCUUGUUUUGACUUGAAAUAAAAUAUACGCAUUAUACAAGCAUAAGUCCAUUAAAUGGAAAAACAGUUUCUUAUACCACUUCAAUGAUUUUCUAGCACAAUCAACAAAACUAAUUUGCAUGUCUAUUUUGUCAACUGCUCCCAUCUUUAAAUUAUAUUCUAACACGCACUGAGGUUUCAAAACACGAUCACCAGUUUUACGAUUGAGUUACUGAAGUUAACAUGUGCACACAUUUCUUAUCAUGCCACUUCAGGGUAACAUGUUUUCAGUGGAUGCACUCUCAACUUCUCCUUUUUUUAUGGGCUUACGAAACUCUGGCAUCCCCUUUCUGGUGGCUUUCACAGUUCCAGUUCCUCCGGUUUCUUACUAAAGUACUCAAAUAAUUCUGGCCUGGUAUACCAGUUAUCUACAUACAAAAUAUGUUUUUUAUUAUAGUAUUCUUUCAUUAGGGUAUCAACAAUCCAGUCCAGAUUUUUCCAAACUUUCCAUUUUCUAAUUUAUUAUAGUUGUUGAACCAGUGUAUAUAAUAAACCCCAAAAUGUAACCACUCUCCACGUCGCAGAUUUCAAAAAGCUUUAUACCAAAUCUAUGUCUUUUUGACGGAAUAAAUUGUUUAAAAGAAAGCCGACCCUUCCAUAAAAUUAAACUUUCGUCAAUACACAGAACUUGGAACGGGUAAAAACUGGAACUAAAUUUAGUCUUAAUUUGUUCCAUUACGGGACUGAUUUUUCUUAAAGCGCCAUCUUGAGGAUUUUCGCUACUGGAAAAAUGAAGGGCACAUAGUAUCUCUAGAAAACGGUCUCUGGCAAAUACCGAUCAAAAAAAUGGUGUUAUAAUAAGAUAGUUUGUAGACCAGUAAUCUUUCAGUUUUGGUUUUUCAACAAUGCCCAUCAAGAUACACAAUCCAAAAAAUCGAUAAGCUCUGCCAACUCUACAUCUUUCUAUGAGGAUUUAUUUUCACAUUUUUUUCUACCAUAUAUGUUUGUUUCCUUGACAACUAAACCCAUUAAAAAGUUAUCAUCAAAAAAGUUAAGAAAAAAAUCAAGUUCGCAAGACGUUUCACUAAAUGAACAUUUAUCGGUUAUACCUGAGUUCGAGGUAUUGAACUCGAAUAUUUUUGGUGUAAAUUCUUCAUCAAAUUUCCAAAUAAAAUCCUUAGGUGUUCUUUUUAGUUUCUGCUGUGGACUUUCAUUGCAAAUAUCGUCAGUUUGUUGAUGAUUUUCUAUAUUUCUGUCUAAAACAAACGGCUCCUCGUCAUCGGAAGAAGUGAAGUCCUCACUUCCACAUGGUUGGUACUUAUCGAGAGAGUCAUCAUCGUCACCGCUAGAUUUUCCAUCCAUUAUUCUUUGCGCUUCACGAUCUAGCUCUCGUUGUACAAGCCGUCGACGCAAAUCCAUCUUUCCUAUUAUUUAUAGUAAUAUAAAAACCAAACACGCGUAUAAUACUAUUAAACUUGUCGAAUUUUAUGUGAUACCAACACGUGCUUUCUAAAAACGAUUAAAUGCGUCCGAUUUGCUGCAAUACAAGCAACUGCACGCGUUCUCGCAGUCGACUGGCUGGCUGUACCUCCCACACUACCCGUUGGUUUCCUGAUGCCGUCCUAGACAGAGGCGCGCGAUAAAUCGGCCCGUCCCGAAUGGAGAGGUUUAUCACAUUUAUAGAUAAAUGUGAAGCUAAGUUGUCACCGAUUAACAUUUUUGGAACAUCCCUGUCAUAUUUUUGAAAGUAUUUUAGAGCAAUCUUGCAGAACCAAUCUUCAAAAAUCACCCCGUCAAACCAACUACUCUUCGAUCGGUUAUAUCUGGUUCCUCUUGGACCUCCUUGCCGCCAAGUGUCGUACAAAUGUUCAGCUUUGUAAACGACAUAGCAUGGUAAGAGCUUUCCGGAUGCGGUCCCUGCAAACAUUACGGAGGUGCUGCUUUUGCUAGAGUUCAAUACUCUUUCGGGACGUUUACAGCCUCGCCUAACUAUGGCCUCCUGUUUCCCAGGGUCAUCUGUCAGAUUAGUCUCAUCAUAGUUUAUUAUUAGAUACGGUGGAAUUCCUUCAAGCGAAACCGCUAAACUUUGAAAAUAUUUCCUUAACACGUUUUCAUCCACUUCUGCUCUAGAUGAUUUGAUAUUUUCACAUAAUCUUGUGGAUAGCUCACCUCUGUGUGGACGCAAAAAUGAUAAAAUCCAAUCGGGCCCAGGGAAAUUUUCUUUAAAUCAUUUUUCUAUGACACCCUUAAUAUCCAGAUAUCGUUUCACGCACCUUAUUUCAAAGUGAGAUAAGGGAAAUCCCCAUUCAGCUGCUGUGGUUAGCCCUCUAAUAAGUUCGUCUUCUUCCGCUUUUUUUAAAACUGUAGGUCUUCCAUAACUCCCUAAAUUCUGCUUUGUACAUCUUCUCUGUAAAGUUGAUUUGUUUACCUUCAGAAGCUGUUCAACAGGACUUUCCAGAUUGCACGUCUUCUAUAGCACUUUCCAUAUUUUUUUCUUCAAAGUCAUGAUAUUUUUUAGAGCCUACUUUGCGAAUAUAUUUUCUUGGCAUGUUGAUUCCUGGAAACAAAACAGACUAAAGGUUUGUUCCAACCCAUCAAAAAACCGCCCUGAAACGGUCUCAAAAGUGUCACGCGCAUGCGUGUGAAAGCACUUUUGGGACCGUUUCGGGAGGUUUUUUGAUGGAUUGGAACAAACCUUAAAUAGUAUGGGGUAACUUGAGCCAUGGGACAAUGGUUGUCCCAAGUUUUCCAAAAUCAUGACCUUAAAAAAAAAAUUAUUUUAAAAACUAAA